GAUCUGGAGAAAGUCCUGGACGUCUUCAACAUCACGUUGGCUCGACAGCAAGCCCACGUGGAGGUGAUCCGGUCAGGACAGAAGGUGUUGGGGAAGAAGGUGGCAGGUGGACAGAAGCAGGGAGGAGGAGGAGGAGGAGGUUUCUUCAGCAGCUUGUUUGCUAGAAAGUCCAAGAAAGAGGAGCAGGAGCCUGAGGAGAGCCAGGAGAGGGAGAGUUCAGGGUUGGAUGAGAUCAUGACGCCCGAGGAGAAAGAAAAACUCUACACCGCCAUCGGCUACAGCGGCAGCUCCCACAACCUCGCUCUGCCCAAACAG